CUCCCCCAUCCUCGGUUUCACAGCGGUCUUCCUUUGUGCUCCUCCCUCAAACACACCUUAUGCAAAUGACACAAUUUUCAGAGGGCCCAGCAGGCUUUGUUUACACAGCCAUCCGACCGCAGCCGGUUAGCUUGCUCUGCUCUGCUCUGCCUCAGCAAAUGCGUUUGGAGGGAAGGAAUAUACAGUGUUCCUUCACUAAGACCACAAGGGAGUGCAACCACAAGUUUUUACUCUGCUCUGAGGCCACAAGUGUGGUGAAAUUCUACAUAGGAGGAGGUGGAACUGGAGAACAUUUUGUUCUACAGUUUUGUUUGAAAUGAUUCUUUGAAAAAAAAUCCCCCACCCCGUCCUCAUUGGGGUGUUUUCAUUGGACAAAUUUGGAACUAAAGUUGUUGAAGAAAAGAACAGGCGGCAACAUUUUCAUUCAAGCUUGUGUUGUGCUUUGCUGGGGCACAGCUUUCAGGCAAUCUAGAAGAAGCAAAUCAAGCAAGGGAGACUGGAUAUCUAAACAUUUUGCCCUCUGGAAAAUCUGCUCAAGGAUUUGGUAACUUUAUUUAUUUUGGAAAGGUUACCGUUGCUGUGCUAUGCUGGAUAUAUCUUAUUCUUUCUGCGUUGGAGAGGAAUACAUAUAAAAAAACAUCAUGGAGUGGGACCACAGGGACAGGGAGCCCUGUUUGUCCCCAGCAGCAUUUGUUAAUCAGGUGCAGUACUCCAACAUCCUGGAGGGAAGGUUUAAACAGCUCCAAGAUGAGCGUGAAGCAGUACAAAAGAAGACCUUCACCAAAUGGGUAAACUCUCACUUAGGUAGAGUCACCUGUCGCAUUGGUGACUUGUACACAGAUCUACGCGAUGGCCGCAUGCUGAUCCGCUUGCUGGAAGUGCUCUCAGGAGAACAACUGCCAAAACCCACUAAGGGCCGCAUGCGUAUCCACUGCCUGGAGAAUGUUGAUAAAGCCCUGCAGUUUCUCAAGGAGCAGAAAGUUCACCUCGAGAAUAUGGGCUCACAUGAUAUUGUGGAUGGUAAUCACCGUCUCACUCUCGGUCUCAUCUGGACCAUCAUUCUCCGCUUCCAGAUCCAGGACAUCAGUGUGGAGACAGAGGACAACAAGGAAAAAAAAUCAGCUAAAGAUGCCCUGCUGCUUUGGUGCCAAAUGAAAACUGCUGGAUACCCUAAUGUCAACAUCCACAACUUCACAACCAGUUGGAGGGAUGGCCUGGCGUUCAAUGCCAUAGUGCACAAACACAGACCUGACCUGAUUGAAUUUGACAACUUGAAAAGAUCCAAUGCCCACUACAAUCUCCAGAAUGCUUUCAAUGUUGCUGAGAAGGAGCUAGGACUCACAAAGUUACUGGAUCCUGAAGAUGUUAAUGUUGAUCAACCCGAUGAGAAGUCCAUCAUUACCUAUGUGGCAACUUACUACCACUACUUCUCCAAGAUGAAAGCCCUGGCAGUAGAGGGCAAACGUAUCGGCAAGGUUCUGGACUAUGCAAUCGAAGCUGACCAGCUUAUAGAGAAGUAUGAGACGCUGGCCUCAGAGCUACUUCAGUGGAUUGAGCAGACCAUAGUAACACUGAAUGAUCGGCAGCUAGCUAACUCACUGAGUGCUGUGCAGAACCAACUCCAGGCCUUCAACUCCUACAGAACUGUGGAGAAACCACCUAAAUUCACAGAGAAGGGAAAUCUGGAGGUUCUGCUCUUUACUAUUCAAAGCAAGAUGAGGGCGAACAACCAAAAAGUGUACAUGCCAAGAGAGGGCAAACUCAUCUCUGACAUCAAUAAGGCAUGGGAACGGCUUGAAAAGGCAGAACAUGAACGUGAGUUAGCACUGAGAAAUGAGCUGAUUCGCCAAGAAAAGCUGGAGAUGCUUGCUGCUCGUUUUGACCGCAAAGCUGCUAUGCGGGAGACAUGGCUGAGUGAGAACCAGAGACUGGUGUCUCAGGACAAUUUUGGAACUGAUCUGGGAGCUGUGGAAGCUGCCACCCGUAAACAUGAGGCUAUUGAGACAGAUAUUGGUGCAUAUUGGGAGCGGGUGGCUGCUGUGGAGGCUGUUGCAAAAGAGUUAGAAGCAGAAUCAUAUCAUGAUGUGAGACGUAUACUGGCAAGAAGGGAUAAUGUCCUUCGACUCUGGGAAUACCUGAAAGAGCUUCUGGCUGCACGUAGAGAACGACUGAAUGCCCAUCGUGACCUGCAGAGACUGUUUCAAGAGAUGCGGUACAUCAUGGAUUGGAUGGGUGACAUGAAGGGUCGUCUCCAGUCUCAUGACAGUGGUAAACAUUUGCAUGAUGUGUUGGACCUACUGCAGAAACACACUCUGGUGGAGGCUGACAUAUCAGCUCAGGCAGAGAGGAUCAAGGGAGUCCAGGGAGCAGCAACACGCUUCACUUCCUAUGAACAACCUUACAAACCAUGUGAACCUGCACUGGUUAGUGAGAAGGUUGACACACUGGGUGAAGCCUACAAUGAACUUGGUCAGCUUGUUGUGAAACGCAGAGAACGUCUAGAGGAUUCACGCCGCCUCUGGCAGUUCCUGUGGGAUCUUGGAGAGGAGGCAGCCUGGAUCAGAGAGCAAGAGCAGAUCCUCUCCAGUGGAGACUGUGGUCGUGACCUCUCUUCUGCCCUGCACCUGCUCAGUAAACACGAAGCUUUCAGGGAUGAAAUGGCAGCCCGUUAUGGACCUCUAAGUCACAGCAUUGCUGCUGGUGAAGCUUUAAUCAAUGAAGGUCACUUUGGAGCCCCAGAGGUCACAGAGAGGAUCCACGAUAUCCGUGCACAGUGGACGCACCUGGAGGAGACAACUAAGCUCAGAGAGCAGAGCCUUAAGGAAGCUGUGGCCCUGCAUCAGUUUCAAACAGAUGCCAAUGACAUGGAAGCAUGGAUCAUGGAGACACUUCGACAAGUCUCAAGUCAGGAGGUGGGCCAUGAUGAGUUUUCUACACAAACUCUCGCUCGUAAGCAGAGGGAGAUAGAGGAAGAGAUCCAGAGCCACCACCCCCUCAUCGACUCCCUGCAUGAGCAGGCCCAAGCCCUGCCACAGGCCUACUUAAGCUCCCCUCAGGUGGACGGUCGCCUACCUGCUAUUGAGCAGCGCUAUGAAGAACUUGAGUCUCUGUCAGCAGCUCGCCGUCAGGCUCUAGAGGGUGCCUUGGCGCUCUACCGCAUGUUCAGUGAGGCUGGUGCCUGCCAGCUCUGGGUGGAAGAAAAGGAGCAGUGGUUGCAUGGCAUGGAGAUUCCCACGAAACUGGAAGACCUGGAGGUGGUGCAGCAGAGAUUUGAGACACUGGAGCCUGAAAUGAACAACCUGGGUACCCGUGUCACUGAUGUGAACGUGGUGGCUGAGCAGCUGCUAAGCUCUGACAACUGCAGCAAAGACCAAAUCCACCAAACACGAGACCAGCUGAACAACAGAUGGAAAGAGUUCCAGCAACUGUCUGGCCAAAAGAAACAAGCCUUAGAAUCAGCCCUGAACAUCCAAAACUACCAUCUAGAAUGUAAUGAGAUCCAGACAUGGAUGAAGGAAAAGACCAAGGUGAUUGAAUCCACCCAAAGCUUGGGCAAUGAUUUGGCUGGAGUCAUGGCACUGCAACGCAAACUCGCAGGCAUGGAGAGGGACCUGGAGGCUAUUCAGGGAAAAUUGGAUGACCUGAGAAAUGAGGCAGAAAAGCUUGCCAACGAACAUCCAGAUCAGGCUGGAGAGAUUCAAGGACGCCUGGCAGAGAUUCAAGAGGUGUGGGAGGAAUUAAAUUCCACCAUGAAACGACGUGAAGAGUCACUGGGCGAAGCAAGCAAGCUUCAGGGCUUCCUUAGAGAUCUUGAUGACUUCCAGUCCUGGUUAUCCCGCACCCAAACUGCUGUGGCCUCAGAGGACAUUCCUACUUCUCUGCCCGAGGCUGAGAGUUUGCUAGCUCAGCAUGAGAGUAUCAAGAAUGAGGUGGAUAACUACAAGGAUGACUAUGAGAAGAUGCGAGCAGUUGGUGAGGAGGUGACUCAGGGUCAAACAGAUGCCCAGCACAUGUUCUUGGCCCAAAGGCUCCAGGCACUGGAUACUGGCUGGCAUGAGUUGCGUCGCAUGUGGGAGAACCGGCACAGUCUCCUGGCCCAAGCCUUUGACUUCCAGACUUUCCUGAGAGAUGCAAAGCAGGCAGAAGCUUUCCUCAACAGUCAGGAGUAUGUGCUGUCCCAUACAGAAAUGCCCACCAGCCUUCAGGGGGCAGAGGAGGCCAUUAAGAAACAUGAGGAUUUCCUCACCACCACAGAAGCCAGUGAGGAGAAGAUAACUGGUGUAGUGGAGGCUGGACGGCGCCUUAUUAAUGACUGUAAUGCUAACUCUGAUAAGAUCCAGGAAAAAGUUGACUCCAUCCAGGAAAGGCAUCUUAAGAAUAAGCAGGCUGCAAAUGAGCUGCUGGCAAAGCUUAAAGACAACCGUGAACUUCAACAUUUCCUUCAAGAUGGACAGGAGCUGACGUUGUGGAUCAAUGAGAAAAUGCUGACAGCUCAGGACAUGUCAUAUGACGAGGCCAGAAAUCUUCACAGCAAGUGGCAGAAACACCAGGCAUUUAUGGCAGAGCUGGCCUCAAACAAAGACUGGUUGGACAAAAUUGAUAAGGAAGGACAGGCACUAGUUGCAGAGAAGCCUGAGUUGAAACCAGUUGUCCAGCAGACUCUGGAGGAUCUUCAGCGUCAGUGGGAGGAGCUGGAAGGCACUACCCAAACAAAGGCCCAGUGCUUGUUUGAUGCUAACAGGGCAGAGCUCUUUACGCAGAGCUGCUCGGCUCUGGAUGUCUGGCUGAAAAACCUUGAGGGUCAGUUGCACAGUGAUGACUAUGGCAAGGAUUUGACCAGUGUUAACAUUCUGCUCAAAAAACACCAGAUGCUGGAGCACCAAAUGGAGGUCCGCGAGAAGGAGGUCCAGUCCCUGCAGACUCAGGCUCUGGCACUCUCCCAGGAAGAUGCUGGACUUGCUGAAGUAGAUGGUCAGCAAAGGCGUGUUACUGACAAUUUUUCCAGCCUUCAGGAGCCCCUCAGGCUCAGGAGGCAGCAACUGUUGGCCUCUAAAGAAGCCCAUCAGUUCAACAGAGAUUUAGAGGAUGAAAUACUGUGGGUAAAAGAGCGAAUGCCCCUGGCAACUUCUACAGACCACGGAAAGGACUUGCCCACUGUACAGCUACUAAUCAAGAAGAACCAGACAUUGCAGAAGGAGAUCCAGGGUCAUCAGCCUCGCAUUGAUGAUAUCCAUAGACGAGGCCAAACUCAAAGCCAGGUAGAUGGAGAGAGGCAAUCUGUCCUCGAGGAGCGCCUUGUUGAGCUGAAGGACCUCUGGGACCAGCUGAUUGCUGAAACAGACAAGCGUCAUGGCCGUCUAAUAGAGGCUAAUCGGGCCCAGCAGUUCUAUGCUGAUGCUGCGGAAGCAGAAGCUUGGAUGGGAGAGCAAGAGCUACAUAUGAUGUCUGAAGAAAAGGCAAAGGAUGAGCAAAGUGCACUAGUGAUGGUCAAGAAGCAUCAAACCCUGGAACAAGCCCUUGAAGACUAUGCCCAGACUAUUCACCAGCUUGCCAACAGCAGCCGCCUCAUGGUAACCAGUGAACAUCCAGAGAGUGAGAGAAUCAACUUACGGCAAGCACAAGUGGACAAGCUCUAUGCAGGGUUGAAAGAUCUUGCUGAGGAGCGUCGUGGGCGGUUACAGGAGAGACUGCGGCUGACCCAGCUCAAGCGGGAGGUGGAUGACCUGGAACAGUGGAUUGCCGAGAGGGAGGUGGUCGCUGGCUCACAUGAACUAGGACAGGACUAUGAACAUGUUACAAUGCUGAGGGACAAGUUCCGUGAGUUUGCUCGUGACACCAGUACUAUUGGCCAAGAGCGUGUUGACGGUGUAAAUGCGCUGGCAGAUGACCUGAUUGAGUCAGGUCACCCUGAAAAUGCUAGUGUGGCUGAGUGGAAGGAUGGCUUAAAUGAUGCAUGGGCUGACCUGCUGGAGCUUAUAGACACACGCACACAGAUGUUGGCAGCAUCGUAUGAGUUGCAUCGCUUCCAUCAAGAUGCCAUGGAAGUGUUAGGACGUGUUAAAGAAAAGAGAGAGGCCUUGCCCUCUGACCUGGGUCGUGAUCUGAACACUGUACAGCAUCUACACAGACAGCACAACACUUACGAGCAUGAUAUUCAAGCUUUGAGUGGACAGGUGAACCAGGUGCAAGAUGAUGCCGCACGGCUACAGAAGGCCUACGCUGGAGAAAAAGCUGAUGACAUUCACAGGAGUGAGCAUGCAGUAUCAUCUGCCUGGGAGGGCCUUCUUGAGGCUGGUAAGGCUCGCAGGCUCCUCCUGCUGGACACUGUGGAGAAGUUCCGCUUCUUCAACAUGGUACGAGACCUCAUGCUCUGGAUGGAUGGCGUCAACCUGCAGAUUGAUGCCCAUGAUAGCCCAAGGGAUGUGUCUUCUGCAGGAUUGGUUAUUGCCAAUCAUCAGGACAUCAAGUCCGAGAUUGAGACAAGAGCAGAUAGCUUCACUGCCUGUAUUGAGAUGGGAAACACUCUCAUCAACAAUAAUCACUAUGCAGCUGAUGAGAUAAGGGAGAAACUAGCUCAACUUCAGGAAAAGAGAGACAAGAUCAACAAAAAGUGGCAGGACAAGAUGGACCAUUUACAAAUUGUGCUGGAGGUGUUGCAGUUUGGACGUGAUGCCUAUGUGGCAGAGUCAUGGCUGGCAGGGCAGGAACCUCUGGUGCGAGCAGCAGAACUUGGCUCAAAUGUGGAUGAGGUGGAGAGCUUAAUUAAGCGCCAUGAAGCAUUUGAGAAGCUUGCUGCAGCGUGGGAGGAGCGCUUUGUGCUGUUAGAGAAACUCACUACACUUGAGGAGAAUGAGAUUCAGAGAAGGCUAGAGGAAGAGGAGAGGGCAAGACGACCACCUACACCACCCCCAGCAGAGGAAGUGGCACAAUCUGAAACAGAAAGUCAGAUACAUGAUUCUGCAGCCAGGACAAGUCUGGACCAGACCACACUCAAUCAGUCAGUGUCUGUGAACGGAGUACACAGUGACAAUGACACAUCUCAGCAAUCAUUAUCGCUAUCGUUGUCAGUGGGAAAGAAAUCAGAGCCUAAACGUGUGUGUAAGCCAAAGCAGCCGGAGCGUGGCUCUGAGUCUGACUCGGUGAAUGGACCAGGUAGAGACAGUGGGUUGGCAUCAUCUCGUCUUGAACCGUCUGCCACGUUACCGAGCAGGGGUGGAGCAGAGUCUGAGCCAGAAACCAUGGAGGGCAUGCUAUGUCGAAAACAAGAGAUGGAGUCCCACAGCAAAAAAGCAGCUACCAGGUCCUGGCAGAAUGUGUACUGUGUCCUAAGGAAAGGAAGUCUUGGUUUCUACAAAGAUAACAAGAGCGCUAGCAAUGGCAUUCCAUACCAUGGAGAGGUACCCAUAAGCCUCGGAGAGGCAGUGUGUGAGGUAGCACAUGACUACAAGAAGAGGAAACAUGUAUUCAAGCUCAGGCUAGGAGAUGGAAAAGAGUACCUAUUCCAAGCAAAGGAUGAGGCGGAGAUGAACUCCUGGAUCCGCUCCAUCCACAUCUCCAUUCCAGCAGGGUCAAGUGACUCCCCGGGGGCCCCACGGGCCCUCAGUCGUGCCAUGACGAUGCCUCCCAUCUCCCCCAGCUCAGGUGAUGCUGGAGGUGUUACCAUGCGCAACAAAGAGGGCAAAGAGAAGGAUCGCGAAAAGAGGUUCAGCUUCUUUGGCAAAAAAAAGUAGAACAUUUGAAAAGUUAUUGACGGAAAUUACAUUUGUCAAAAUUUCAACAAACUGAAACAGGCAGAAAGGAAAGUACAAACACGUCACACAAACACACUGCUCUCAGUGCAGGCCCCGAGGAAUUUGUCAACAGCUGCAGUUUGUGGCUUCCAGAGAACUUUGUUUCUUUUCUUUCUCUCUGAUUCUUUCCCUCUCUGGUUUUAUCUGUUACUUUUUUCAUUCACGCAAUCCAUAAUUCCCAUUUAGUUGCACCCAACAAUGAAAGGCCUCAUUCAGAUUAAUUUAAGUGAUUUCUACCAACCAGCAGAGCUUAUUAGUCUGACUCCUCAGUUUCGUUCCACCAGUUGUUUCUUGUUUGCAUUAUCUCUUCAGUGAGUGUGGCGAGCUCAGCCGUUUUGAUGCUGUGUCACUGAUAAAAUGUUGGAUGGCUUUCCAUUGUGGUGCACACUCACUUUAAUUUUCCACUUUCUUGUGCUAUCUUUUGGGGAAGAAUCACAUCAGUCUCUUUUUCUGUUCUCGGUGUUGAUGUUAUUAACCUGACCAAUAUUAUUGCUGUUAUUACUAUUAUUUAUCUUUUGCUAUGGCUGGUUUGAAAAAUAAACUAAUUAACUUGAUGGUAGAUAAUCUUGAUCUUGAUUCAUGUUGUGGAGAGAAACAGAUCUGGUUCAACUAGUGGAAUGUUGGGCUUGCCCGCGUAUGUUUCUUUUUUCUUUUCUUUUUUUUUUAUGGAAUGAUAUGAGGUGUUUUGAGAAAUAAAGCUCAUUUAAUUUUAGCAGUGUGCAGCAAGUGAUCACAAAUUUAAUUUGGAAAUUGAUAUAUACAUAUAUAUAUAUAUAUAUUUAAUAAGUGGUUUUAUUUUUUAUUUGAUCUUGAAUUUUGCCUGUAUUUGAUUAUUUCUUUUGAGUGAUCUUUUCUGCUUCAUUUUUGACUUUCUUUUUUUCUGUACAAAGCAGAGAAGAUUAGUUUUCUAGUGUGUGUGAGUGUGUGUGUGUGUGCGUUGUGGUGCUGUGGAUUUUGCACGUUUAUGUUAUUUCUGAGAAAACGUGGCCAGACAGAUGCUGCUUUUUCGCAAACGCAGACAAAAACAGACACAAAUACAAAAUAAUAUUACUGGGAUGAGUUUAUAAAACUAUAUUUACUUUGCUUUGGAUUUCUUAUAACUAGGUUGAUAUUACCAACGAUGUUCCUCAAGACGAUUUCUGUUUCAGUCUUCAGAUCUCUUUAUUUCUGUUCUCUCUAUCCACUGGUGUGAACGCAUUGGGGCGGUUUGUAGAUAAUAAGCUGAAGCACAUAUUCUGUGGCAGACGGCGGCGGCGCGAGCAGGACAGAUGGACAGCUGAUAGGUCUCAUUACAGGUGAAGUGACAGGUGUGGAAGUGUGAUUGGGUGGGCAGUGCAAAGCUGCCCGUCAGAGAGAAGAGUACUGAGCCUUACUUGAACCCACUACAGAAAACGGAAACAUUUUAUAAAACCCAGCCUCCAUUCGAACUGCCCUUACAGGAAGCUUUCUUAGUAUAAACAUGAGAAUGUUACAAAUGUGCCCUGUGGCAAUGAUCUAAUGUAUGUCAGUGGAUGCAGGUGUAUUAUGCAAAACUAUGUGUUUAACGGAAAGUUCUGCCCACUCGUGGGAACAGUCUGAAAUUCUCUUAAACAAGUUUUGCGCUGUUGCGUAUGUGGCAUGAUUUUAUGUAGGUUUAUAAUUGUAUGUGUCAUCAUUGCCAUCAGUUCUCCACUGUGUAGGUGUACUCUGAAAACAAGAAAAACCACUUCAUAUUCAGGGUUGGAGAGCAACUAAUUAUAUGUAACUUACAUUUGCAAUAAUCAAAAGCAAGGAAAUGGCAAUCUGGGAUUGUAAAUUUAACUGAGGAUUUAAAACUAAAUUUCAAUAUUUAUUAGUGUCCAUAAUAUUUUGAAAUAGAUGUGGCAGUAUGUUGUGAAGCUGUUGGUAACAGUUUUAUAUGUCAGGCAUUUAGACAAUUGGGUCUGUUGUUGAUAUAUACAAUCAUAGUCACUAAAUACAAGUUAGUAAGUAAGCACAGGUGAUAUGCCUUUUCGUACUGCCAAAAUGACACCUGAAAUAACUGGAAAACAAUCUUUAAUUGGACUUGGGUUUUUUUUCAUUACAUUACCAGCUAUGGCUGUUAAAUUGAUGGUUAAUUAAACUUGUGUAGAUUGCGGAGCCCACUUAAAGUAGGGUUCACAUGAAUGUCUCACCGAACUACAAAUUGCUGGAAGUGAACUUGGUAUGUAGUCUUAAUGGUUUAAUUAAAGUAUAAAACAGGUUGGCCUUUAUUUUUAAGAGUCGCUAAUGAAUGUGCACCCAGUGGGCUGAACCCAAAGACCCUCCUAAUCAGAAAAAAAGUAUCAGAAUGUGACACUGUUCAAUUGGAAUUAUCUGACAGCACUGAGUUCAGCCUUUUAGCCAAACUAGCUGCCUUGUCUCUGCCAGUAGGAUGUUAUAUCCUGAUGUUUGAGGAGCUCCUGGUUUCAGUUCGGUUUAAGUCGCCUCAAACUAAACUACAAUCUGGAAACUAGGUUAAUAAGGUCAUUGCAUACAUAAGUGAGCCAAUGCAGUAAACGUACAUUGUGCACAAUUUCGAAUGGAGGUGUCCAUGGUCUCUGGUAACAGGGUGUUGUAGGGACGGCCGCUUCCUUCCUUCCUUCUUCCUUCUGAUCUAGAAAUCAGACGCAGCAUGGAGUCAACAUAGGGGAGUUCAAGUUCAAAGUUCACACAGUGUAUUUUCUUACUUGCUCAUUUGAAUGUGAAUGACUCAAAUUAGUUUGGCCAAAUUGGUCAUGUGAAGCAAAAAUAUUUCUCAUACUUGAUACACACAAGCUCUCUCUUUCAUACACACCUGCACAUAAACUGUACUGUAUAUUUAAUGCAGAAUGACCCUGGCAACCCAGUCUUGUGGAAAUGUCCUGAGCUGGCUGUAAUUUGGUGUUGCAUCUGGCAUCUUUUUUCAAAUCACAAUGUGCUGCUGGUGAGCUUUGGCCAGAAAAUGAAAAGUCUGUAUUAUUGAUGUCAAAUGGGGUUUUUUGGAAAGGAAAGUGCUUAUAACAAUGGAGUACUUAAUGAAGAAGAAAACUUUUACUUGUUAAGUAUUAGAUAUGAGUAAAAAGAAGAGACUGGUGACAAUUUGAGCUUCCUUUUUUUAGAAGAAGGCAGGUAAUUAGCUGUCUGGUGGGAGCUUGUAUUUUUUCAUCCAGUGGUCUGUCUUGCAGCAUUUGAUAAGCCUGUCCACCUACAUUAAUUUCUCAUUACUUUUGACGAAUGUCUGUUUCUUCCUCUGUAAUUCAGAGUUGUUAAUACCACUACUAUUAUUAAUUGCUAUUAUUAUCAUUAUUGCUACUGUUGUUACUAUUACUACUACUGUUACUAAUGCAACUUACUGCAAAAAGUGUAACUGCUGUCCAUUUUCAGGUACGUGUCUGUAAUACCAGACCCUUCCACACGAUGUCAGUGUGCUGUGGAGCAUUUUCAUUACGAAUCGAAAAAUAAUGUUUGUUGACUUGUGUAUCUACAUCUAAUAUUAGGAAUAAUAAAACAUGGUUUAAUCA